GGAGCGCGGCUGCCGGUCUACGCCCUCUCUCCCGCCGCUCUCGCAGCGCAGCCCGGCCGGGGGCCCUCGCGCGCCGGCAGCUCUAGGGGCGAGCGCGGCGCGCUGACUGGGCGUGCUCAGUCGCGGAGCGCCCGGGCGCCGCUGGAGCCAAGCGCAUGCACUCGCCGGGCCGGGCCGUCCAGGGGCGCAGCGCGCAGGGGGCCGCUCUAGCCGACGCCCUGGCCAGUCUGGGCAGGACGCGGGCCAGGAUGGCCUCCCUCACCGCAUACGACAAAGAUGUGAGCAGCGGAAGUUAUAACCUUUCCUCUGCAACAACGGGCAGCUACUACAGUUGUGUCAGCCAGAUCACCAUAGGUUAUGACGUUGCGGGGCCUGUGGCAAUUGGGCUUACCCACUGGAAAAAUCCAUACGUACAAGGCAGACCAACCCUCCCAUCAGAUCUGCCUCUCUUCGUCUCCAAAGAUGCAGGCAUCCCUGUGUACCACCGAUCCUUCACCCGCAAGACUGACCAGGCCACACCUUUGUCCUGUCCAGCCUCACUGUCUAUCACUCCAGUGCCUUCUUACAGCAGUAGCAGCCAGGAAACCCUGAGUCAAGACACAACAGGUUUAAGUUUAUCUAUUCAUGGGGCUGAAAAGCGUUUGCAAAUCCAUCAACGGCGAAGUGUGGCAAGCCGCCCAGCAUCACGUCGUCGCCUGCCUGUGGUCAGGCAUUCCUCACUCCCACCAGGCAGAAGGUCAAUAAAAAUGGAGGCAAGCUCUUCUGGAAUCACUAAUGGAAAAACCAAAGUCUUCCACCCAGAAGGAGGUGUGGAUUUGCAAGGCUACCAGCUGGAUAUGCAAAUACUACCUGACGGGCCAAAGAGUGAUGUGGACUUUUCAGAGAUUCUUAAUGCAAUACAAGAAAUGGCCAAGGAUGUCAAUAUUCUUUUUGAUGAAUUAGAAGCUGUCGGCAGUCCUUGCAAAGAUGAUGAUUCUCUUCUUCACCCUGGAAACCUGACUAGUACUUCAGAUGAUGCCAGCAGAUUGGAAGCCAGGGGAGAGACAGUGCCAGAAAGAAACAAAUCAAAUGGACUUUACUUUCGAGAUGGAAAGUGUCGAAUUGACUACAUCCUUGUGUACAGAAAAUCCAGCCCCCAGACUGAAAAGAGAGAAGUAUUUGAAAGAAACAUUAGAGCAGAAGGAUUGCAAAUGGAGAAAGAGUCCUCUCUAAUAAAUAGUGACAUUAUCUUUGUGAAGUUGCAUGCCCCAUGGGAAGUCCUUGGAAGAUAUGCAGAACAAAUGAAUGUAAGAAUGCCUUUCAGGAGAAAAAUCUAUUACCUGCCCCGCCGUUACAAGUUCAUGAGCAGGAUCGAUAAACAAAUAAGCAGGUUUCGGAGAUGGUUACCUAAGAAGCCAAUGAGGCUGGACAAGGAGACACUGCCAGACCUGGAGGAGAAUGACUGCUACACUGCCCCUUUCAGCCAGCAAAGGAUCCAUCACUUCAUCAUACACAACAAAGAAACGUUCUUCAACAAUGCCACAAGAAGUAGAAUCGUGCAUCACAUUUUACAAAGAAUAAAAUAUGAAGAAGGAAAAAACAAGAUUGGUCUGAAUCGUUUGCUUACCAAUGGCUCCUAUGAAGCUGCGUUUCCCCUGCAUGAGGGAAGUUACAGAAGUAAAAACUCCAUUCGAACCCAUGGAGCAGAAAACCACCGACAUCUACUCUAUGAGUGCUGGGCCUCCUGGGGCGUGUGGUAUAAAUACCAACCUUUGGAUCUUGUAAGGCGGUACUUUGGAGAGAAGAUUGGGUUAUAUUUUGCCUGGUUGGGCUGGUACACCGGCAUGCUCUUCCCAGCUGCCUUCAUUGGAUUGUUUGUCUUUUUGUAUGGCGUCACCACUCUGGAUCACAGCCAAGUCAGUAAAGAAGUCUGCCAAGCUACAGAUAUCAUCAUGUGUCCUGUGUGUGAUAAAUACUGCCCAUUCAUGAGGCUGUCAGACAGCUGUGUAUAUGCCAAGGUAACCCACCUUUUUGACAAUGGAGCCACUGUCUUCUUUGCUGUUUUCAUGGCAGUCUGGGCAACAGUUUUCCUGGAGUUUUGGAAAAGACGGCGAGCAGUAAUUGCUUAUGACUGGGAUUUGAUAGACUGGGAAGAAGAGGAGGAAGAAAUACGACCCCAGUUUGAAGCCAAGUAUUCCAAGAAAGAGCGGAUGAAUCCAAUUUCUGGAAAGCCAGAACCUUAUCAAGCAUUUACAGAUAAAUGCAGCAGACUUAUCGUUUCUGCAUCUGGAAUAUUUUUUAUGAUCUGCGUGGUGAUUGCUGCCGUGUUCGGGAUCGUCAUUUACCGGGUGGUGACUGUCAGCACUUUCGCUGCCUUUAAAUGGGCGUUAAUCAGGAAUAACUCUCAGGUUGCAACCACAGGGACUGCUGUGUGCAUCAACUUUUGUAUCAUUAUGUUGCUGAACGUGCUCUAUGAAAAAGUUGCCCUGCUUCUGACGAAUUUAGAACAGCCUCGCACAGAGUCUGAGUGGGAGAACAGCUUCACCCUGAAAAUGUUUCUUUUUCAGUUUGUCAAUCUGAACAGCUCCACAUUUUACAUCGCAUUCUUCCUCGGAAGAUUUACAGGACACCCAGGUGCCUACUUGAGGCUGAUAAACAGGUGGAGACUAGAAGAGUGCCACCCUAGUGGAUGCCUUAUUGAUCUGUGUAUGCAAAUGGGUAUUAUAAUGGUGCUAAAGCAGACCUGGAAUAAUUUCAUGGAACUUGGCUACCCGUUAAUUCAGAAUUGGUGGACUAGAAGAAAAGUACGACAAGAACAUGGACCUGAAAGGAAAAUAAGUUUCCCACAAUGGGAAAAGGACUAUAACCUUCAGCCGAUGAAUGCCUAUGGACUCUUCGAUGAAUACUUAGAAAUGAUUCUUCAGUUUGGAUUCACAACUAUCUUUGUGGCAGCUUUUCCCCUAGCACCACUUCUGGCCUUACUGAAUAACAUAAUUGAAAUUCGACUUGAUGCUUACAAAUUUGUCACACAGUGGAGGAGACCUUUAGCUUCAAGGGCCAAAGACAUAGGAAUUUGGUAUGGAAUUCUUGAAGGCAUUGGAAUUCUCUCUGUUAUUACAAAUGCAUUUGUCAUAGCGAUAACAUCUGACUUUAUCCCUCGCUUGGUGUAUGCUUAUAAGUAUGGACCUUGUGCAGGCCAAGGAGAAGCUGGGCAAAAGUGCAUGGUUGGCUAUGUGAAUGCCAGCUUGUCUGUAUUUCAAAUUUCUGACUUUGAGAACCGAUCUGAGCCUGAAUCUGAUGGCAGUGAGUUCUCGGGGACUCCUCUUAAGUACUGCAGAUACCGGGACUACCGUGACCCGCCUCAUUCACUGGUGCCCUAUGGCUACACACUGCAGUUUUGGCAUGUCCUAGCUGCUCGAUUAGCUUUUAUCAUUGUCUUUGAGCACCUCGUGUUUUGUAUAAAGCACCUCAUUUCAUAUCUGAUCCCAGACCUCCCAAAAGACCUAAGGGAUCGAAUGAGAAGAGAGAAGUACUUGAUUCAGGAGAUGAUGUAUGAAGCAGAACUGGAACGUCUCCAGAAGGAACGAAAGGAGAGGAAGAAGAAUGGAAAAGCACACCACAACGAGUGGCCAUGACCAUGUAGAAAAUAGUCCCUUUCCAGGCCAAGGACCUGAAUUCUGUUUACUUCUUCUGGCUGUGCAAAAGCACACUCAAGUGAAUGACUAAAAAUGCAACCGCAGUGCAUGUUGCAGAUACCGGCGGCCGCAGGAGGGUCAGCAUCCAGUAGAGGACUGGCGUUGGAGUCACACUGCUGUGAAAUCACGUUGCAGUCCAGCGCACAAUUGCUAUCUAUCCAUAGACCAUUCUUGACCAAGCAAGCAUGCACAUUAUGGGCAGUUACAUUCUCAAGUUUUUAAAAUCAAGGGGAACUUGUAUACUGGGCCUGUUUUUCAGCCUGUUUGCUACCUUUUUUGCAUUCUAUCCCAUGUGAAUUUUACAGACACUGGGCUAUAAAGGGUAUUCAGACACAUGGACACACAUUCCUAGAAUGUCAUCAUAUGGUCCUAAUUCCAUGUCACCAACAACACAGACAAGACCCUGUUUACAACUUUUUCUUUCCUUUUUUUUUAAUUUUAGACCUUUCUGAGAAGAUUAUUAUAUAUGACAUAUCUAUAGCUAUGUGUAUGGCCAUAGAUGUAUUUCUGUGUGUACAUAUGUAUAGUCACGUAUUCCUGCAUAUGUACAUACAAAUACAGAGAUAUAUAAAGUACAUAGAAAUUCCUUACUUGUAAAUAGCCAAAAAGAACUGACAUGAAUGAAUUUUCACAUUUAAAUAGUCAUCAAUAUGAAGCCAUGAUUAAUGCUUGUAUAAUGUGAUGCAAUAAAAUUUAAAAUAAAUUUAUGCACAUGGAAUAUUUUCAGCUG